UUCCUAAGGACAAAGAAAGAUAAUGGGCUCCCUUGGAGACCUCUUGUGUGAUUCAAAACAUCCAUUGGGGCAUAGAGUUUACAUAUGAAUACAGACGAUCUACAAGGCAAACUCUGAGACUGGAAUAAAGAGGAAAGAAGAAAAAAGAAAGCACACCUCUGAAUUCACCCUUGCCUUUUUGUCUCCGGGAUAACUGAAUUCACAGUGCGGGAUUUUAUCCUCCUACAAACGCUGGCACCUGUGAAUGUUUUCCUUUUCCCUCUUAUAGAUUGGGGUCCCACCCACGGAUUUCUGCAGUGUUUCAUUUAACCACAAGCCACAGGCAUAAUCUAGACCUGCUGGAGUGCAGGAAGCUUUGAGAAGAAAGAAGAAAGCAGGCGCCACACUCAACCUUUCCCCUGGACCGGUCGUUCGUUUACUACUCUUGCGCAUCUUUGGAGCACUCCCGCUCUUUCGGCUCGGGAAUCGAUUGUUCGUGUCUGAGCCUCCCUCACGGAAUACCAGAGCGCUCCCACUCAGCCCAUCGUUUGCUUCUGCCUGAUUCUGCCCUCCGGAUGACGUUAAAGAGGGAUUUUAAUCCUUGGCUCGGCCAGCAGCUGCUUUCUCCUUCGCUAGUUUGCUGCUGCUUCCGUUUCCGGCAACAGCCAGCGACUUUCUACUCUAAGUGCCCAUGGCGGGGAGCCGGCUGGAGACGGUGGGGAGCGUGUUCUCCCGGACCAGGGAUCUGAUGCGGGCUGGGGUGUUGAAGGAGAAGCCACUGUGGUAUGACAUAUACAAGGCCUUUCCACCUCUGAAAGAACCUGUCUUCCGAAGGCCUCGUUUGCGAUAUGGCAAAGCCAAAGCUGACAUCCAGGACAUCUUUUACCGAGAGGAUCAGAUUCGAGCGAAAUUCUUUUCAACCUAUGGAUCUGGUCACAAAGCUAUUGAUCUGUUCAACCCAAACUUCAAGUCUACCUGUCAGCGGUUUGUGGAGAAGUACACAGAGCUGCAGAGUCUUGGAGAAACAGAUGAAGAGAAGUUAUUUGUAGAAACGGGGAAGGCUCUGUUGGCAGAAGGCGUCAUUUUAAGACGAGUAAGAGAAGCAAAGACUGUCAAUGUGAGACUCCAAAGUUCAUCAGAAGGAAAUGACCCUCUGGAAGAAGAUGGCCAGAAGCAGCGUGUGCAGGUGAAACAGGAGCCAGAGACAGCCUCCUCGCCCCCCUGAGGCCCCUCAGUGUACUGAGCGUGCCCACCACCACUGGCCUAAGACGUUUGGACUCUGACGGCCUCUGUCUGUCAGGCCUGUGUGCCUUCUCUUAGUUCCUGUCCCUGGGUUGUUCUAAGUCUCAGUACUGUGGCUUAAAAGUGCCAGUGUUGUGAACUUUUAUUUCAAGACAUGGUUAAAUAAAGGGUUCUCCAAUGCUUCCAAAGUAAA